GCGGGCUUUCAGUGAACUUCAGCUCGCUUAAUUGAAACAUUAACGGUCGCUUUUUAAAAUCUUGACAGAGGGUCUCUUCUGCUGAGAGAAGCGAUGAACAGCUGCUCCAAAGUGUGUGACAACUUAACACGUAUAAAGCCUACAGAAGACUGGCUAUCGGAGAGCCGCCUUAAAAGAUGCCUUACAACCUUAGAUCUCACUUUUUUAGGUGUGGGCUGUGUGUUAGGUGCUGGCCUGUACGUGGUCACAGGGGAAUUAGCUCGUGACAUCGCUGGGCCUGCUGUUAUUAUUUCAUUUUUCAUCGCUGCUGUUGCUGCCACUUUGUCUGGGAUUUGUUACGCGGAGUUUGGAUGCCGUAUUCCCAAGGCCGGCUCCGCAUACAUGUACUCGUAUGUGACUGUUGGAGAGUUUUGGGCGUUCGUUGUCGGUUGGAACAUGAUUCUAGAAUAUGUCAUCGCUGCUGCAACCCUGGCGCGCGCCUGCAGCGAGUAUAUCAACUCAUUUGCUCAGGGUUAUAUAUUCAAGUUCUUUAUGAACGAUAUAGCCACAUGGAACGUUUCUGGCCUCGGAAGCUUUCCUGACUUCUUGGCAUUCACACUGGUCUUUGCGGCUUCUUUUAUUGUCUCGCUGGGAGCACAAAAAUCAUCUCUUGUGAAUAAAAUCGUAACCUUCGUAAACUUAGCCGUCAUCUUGUUCAUUAUCGUUAUUGGAUUUUACUUCGCCGAUGGGGAGAACUGGAAACCAAAAUUUGCCCCCUACGGGUUUCGAGGUAUCUUAGCAGCUGGAGCAAGCUGCUUUUUCGCCUUCGUUGGAUUUGACGUCAUAGGAUCGGCGGGAGAAGAAGCUAUCAAUCCCAAGCAUUCGUUACCCUUCUCUACCAUUCUUACUCUUGCGAUAAGUUUCUUGGCGUAUUUUGGAGUCGCAACGGUGCUUACAUUAAUGAUACCUUAUCAUAAACUGAGCCCCUUUGCUCCUCUGGCUGAGGUUUUUGUUCAACGUGGGUUGAGCAGCGCCAAAUACGUCGUGGCAAUAGGUGGGCUUUGUGCAACAAUGAGCACCCUGGUGGCCAACUCAUUCGCAGGCCCACGUAUUGCAUACUCCAUGGCGUCUGACGGAUUGUUAUUCAACUGGUUUGCGCAUGUGCACGAGAAGACAAAGGUUCCAGUUCGUGCGGUUUUGGUUGAAGGAAGUUUAGCUGCAAUCCUUGCUUUGCUUCUUGACGUAAAGCAACUGGUGGAAUUGUUGUCUAUUGGUACCUUAAUUUCGUACACCAUAGUAGCUAUUGCUGUGUUGGUGACGCGUUACACUCCUGGAGUACAAACC